AUGCCAACAGAAAUUUCUGCACCGCUGCACUUCCGCACCCUGCUAAAUGGACACGCCUACAUGAUCGCAGACUUCUACGCGACAUGGUGCCCACCUUGCAAGCAAAUCGCACCCAUCUACAACCAACUGUCCACUGCGCAUGCCUCGCCAGGGAAGUUCGCCUUUGUCAAAGUCAACGUGGACGAGCAGAGGGAAAUUGCCGGACAAUACGGUGUCACAGCUAUGCCAACUUUUAUGGUUUUCAAAGAUGGGAAGAAAAUCGAAGAGAUAAGAGGCGCGGACGUAAGGGCUCUGAAGGGCGCAGUGGAGAAAGUUGCUGCGGAUUUGGGGAAGGCGAAAGACGCAAAGGUGGAGAAAAAGCCGGAAGUCAAAGAAGAAAGGAAAGAAGAGGAUGAGAAGACGAUGCUUUUCUCCAAAUUAAUACCUGCGGCUAUUGCGCUGCUACCCGCAAUCGCCUCGGCAUCAUCCGUCAUCGACCUCACGCCCUCCAACUUCGACGAUGUCGUCCUUAAGUCCGGCAAGCCCGCUCUCGUAGAGUUCUUCGCUCCCUGGUGCGGCCACUGCAAGAACCUCGCCCCCGUUUACGAAGAGCUUGCUACCGUCUUCCAGCACGCUGGAGACAAGGUCAGCGUUGCCAAGGUCGAUGCGGACCAACACAAGUCGCUGGGUAAGCGCUUCGGUGUCUCGGGCUUCCCUACCCUCAAGUGGUUUGACGGAAAGAGCGACAAGCCUACCGACUACAGCGGAGGACGUGAUCUCGAGAGCUUGAGCAAGUUCAUCACAGAGAAGAGCUCCGUGAAGCCCAAGGUCAAGGGCAAGCUACCCAGUCAGGUUGUCUACUUGGAUGACAAGACCUUCAAGGAGAAGGUUGGAAAGGACCAGGAUGUGCUCGUUGCCUUCACCGCCCCAUGGUGCGGACACUGCAAGACUCUCGCCCCCGUCUGGGAAACUCUCGCCAAUGACUUCGUCACCGAACCCAAUGUCUUGAUUGCCAAGGUUGAUGCCGAAGCUGAGAACUCCAAGGCCCUCGCUCAGGAGCAGGGCGUUUCAUCCUACCCUACCAUCAAGUACUUCCCCAAGGGCUCCACCGAGCCUCUCCCAUACAAUGGCGCCCGCGCUGAGAAGGACUUCAUCGACUUCAUCAACGCCAACGCCGGUACCCACCGUGCCGUGGGUGGUGGUCUUGAUGCCACUGGUGGCACCAUCGAGGCCUUCAACAGCGUCAUUGAGAAGUUUCAGGGCAAGUGGACUGAUGGUGCUGAGGAGGCCAAGAGCCUCGCUGCCACUCUCCAGGAUAAGUACGCCGAGUACUACGUCAAAGUCUUCAACAAGAUCGGUGCCAACCAGGGAUACGCUGCAAAGGAGCUCAAGCGCCUGCAGGGUCUCAUUGGCAAGGGCAACCUAGCGCCUGAGAAGAUGGACGACUUGAUGAGCAGGAGCAACAUCCUGAGGAAGUUCAUCGGCGACGAUGCAGAGGAGAAGCAGGAGUUGUAG